AUGAUUAAAAUUAUUCUCGUUUUGUUUUUAUUAUUUAACGUGGUGAAAUUGGAAGGAAAUGUGUCGAAUUAUGAAAACAAAGGUCUUAUAGCCAAUGGACAAAUAUAUGACGUCGAGAAAUAUCCGUUCGUAGUGAUUUUAGUAAUAAAAAUCUUCUUAAAUUCCAUUGCGGCAAAGGCUGUUUGCACGGGCUCGUUAAUAUCGCAGUGGUUCGUAUUGACCGCUGCACAUUGUACCGACAACAUGACAAUAUCUGACAUAAAUAUAUUCCGCGGUAAUAGCCAUCAACAGAUUCAGCACAUAUAUCAACACGAUAUGUUUAAUCCAUUAACGUUUAGAGCAGACAUAUGUUUGUUAAAACUACGAAAACCGUUCAAGAACGUCGACCGUUAUAUAAGUGUAGCUGGCCAUCCGGACGACUUUUCUCACGGCAAAAGUUUGGAUUGUGUAGUUAUCGGGUUCGGAAUUACUGCAGAUAUACCGCAACCUGACUUUAUAGGAUAUAUGACCAAUGCAAGUGUCACGUACGGUCCUACAGCAUGUCAAUUGUCCAAUAGAUCGAAUAUAGUAGAUACAUGGAAAGAAUAUUUGUGUUCAAAACCAGACAUCCAUAUGGUAUGUCCUGGGGACAGCGGUGGCCCAAUGAUUUGUAAUGGGUUCCUAUAUGGAAUAGCCAGUCACGGAUACAAUUUCAAAAAACUAAAUAAGGAUUUCGAAUGUGGCAGUUCCGAAAUUCAAACUAGGCAUUUAUUCGUAUAUGCUUACAAAAAAUGGAUAGCUAAUAUUACAACAAAUACAGGAAACCCAUUAAUACCACACAAUAAUUUAUAUUUUACUACUAUUAUGUUAGUAUUAUACAUUGUG